GGUCUGAGACAGAGUAUAGCGUCACUUCCUGCUCUGUCCCGGGACCGACCAAUUACACGUCAGCUAUUUCAUUUCCCGCCUCAUCUCCAUGGUGACAGGAAGGGCCCACCUUUUCCGGCCCCUUUGGGGAGCCGCUUGUCCCUCAACAUGGGAACAAUAUACUUGUUUCGCAAGUCUCAGAGAUCUCUGCUUGGCAAGUUGACACAGGAAUUUAGAUCAGUAGCAUCUGAUCGGAGGUCCUGGAAAAUCUUGCUGUUUGGUGCAGUAAACGUAAUAUGUACUGGUUUCCUUCUCAUGUGGUGCAGUUCUACAAACAGCAUAGCUUUAACUGCAUAUACCUACCUAACAAUAUUCGAUCUGUUCAGCUUAAUAACUUGCUUGAUAAGUUAUUGGGUGAUGAUGAAAAAGCCUUCCCCAGCCUAUUCAUUUGGGUUUGAGAGAUUUGAAGUCUUAGCAGUAUUUGCCUCAACAGUUCUGGCACAGCUUGGGGCACUUUUUAUACUAAAAGAAAGUGCAGAGAGAUUUCUGGAGCAACCAGAGAUUCACACGGGUCGAUUGUUGGUUGGCACCUUUGUGGCACUCUCUUUCAACUUGUUUACAAUGCUAUCUGUUAGAAACAAACCUUUUGCUUAUGUCUCUGAAGCUGCAAGUACAAGUUGGCUUCAAGAGCAUGUUGCAGAUCUCAGUAGGAGUUUGUGUGGUAUCAUUCCGGGUUUGAGCAGCAUCUUUCUUCCACGCAUGAAUCCUUUCGUCUUGAUUGACCUUGCUGGAGCUUUAGCUCUCUGCAUUACAUACAUGCUUAUCGAAAUUAAUAAUUACUUUGCUGUUGAUACUGCCUCUGCAGUAGCCAUUGCCUUGAUGACGUUUGGGACCAUGUAUCCCAUGAGUGUCUACAGUGGGAAAGUGUUGCUUCAGACAACACCACCUCAUGUGAUUGGACAGCUAGAUAAACUUAUAAGAGAGGUUUCUACACUGGAUGGCGUCUUAGAAGUUCGAAAUGAACACUUCUGGACAUUGGGGUUUGGCUCAUUGGCUGGAUCAGUCCAUGUGAGAAUUCGAAGAGAUGCCAAUGAACAAAUGGUUCUUGCUCAUGUGACCAAUCGAUUAUGUACAUUAGUGUCUACUUUGACAGUUCAGAUAUUCAAGGACGACUGGAUCAGACCUGCCUUGACCACCGGACCUAUUGCGAACAAUAUGCUGAAUCUUUCAGAUCAUUACAUAAUUCCCAUGCCGCCUCUAAAGCUUGCGGAAAACUCUAGCCCUUCCACAUCCACUCCAGCUAAAGUAAGCAGCCCCCCUCCUGAAUUCUCUUUUAAUACUCCUGGCAAAAAUGUGAACCCGGUCAUUCUGGCAAACACUCAAACAAGGCCUUAUGGACUUGGCUUCAACCGCGGGACUGUACCGUACAGCAGCGUCUUCGCUUCAGGAUUGGGAGUGCCAGCAAUAGGGGUGACCCAGGGAUUCAGGACUGGUCUGAUAAAUGCCCCCCACAGAUACGGAACAGGCACGCGGGGUCAGUCCAGACCUUAAUAAACUAUUUCUUGUA